AUGGAUUUCGAAAUGAAUGAUUCUAUUGAAGCAGAGAGACGAAAAUAUAUACUAUUAACAUUAAAUGGAUAACCAGAUGCAAAUAUAAUAAGGUUUAAGUUCUUUUAAGUAAGAUUUUGAUUUAAGUUAGAGAUAAAUUUGUAUGGUUGAUAUCAAAAUGAAAGCAGAGAAUUACUAUCAGAUGAAAAUUCAAUAGCUUAGAUUAUUCACAUAAUAAGGGAUAGAGAUAUUUUAAGAGGAUCUUCCAUAUAUAAAAGAAGGGACUCUUCUGUAUAUAUCAGAUAGUAUGAAUUGUAUCGAAUUUGAUUCUUAGGCAACGAUUUUGAUGCUUAUUCAUAGAUAAGUGUUUACUAAAUAGUAAAAGUAUUAGGUGAAGGUGGAUUUGGGAAAGUAAUGUUAGGUAAACAUAAGGUAACUGGAGAGUAAGUAGCAAUAAAAUUGAUAGAUUCUGGGAAAUUAUGGAAUGCAGAGGAUAUAGAUUUAGUAUUUAGAGAGGCAGAAGUAAUGAAGAAUUUAAGACAUAAUAAUAUAAUAAAGAUAUUGAAUUGUUAUACAUUACCUAAUAUGUAAGUGGUUUUAAUAAUGGAAUUUUUAUAGGGAGGGGAUUUGGUUGAAUAUAUUUAAGGUAUCUUAUAAAAAUGAUUAAAUUUUAAGAGAAGGGAGGAUUAUCAGAAGAGGAAGCAAGAGUAAUAUUUAGAUAGAUUGCAGAAGCAAUUCGUUAUUGUCAUGAUAAAAGAUUGAUUCAUAGAGAUUUGAAAUUAGAAAAUGUGUUAUUAACAUCAAAGAUUGAAAAAAUAAUAAAGAUAAUAGAUUUUGGAAUAGCAACUGUUUCAACAAAUUUUACAAUGGAUAAAGUAGAUAGAGGAUCUUUAAGUUACAUGCCUCCAGAAGUAGUAGGAGGCUAAGCAACUGAAAUAAGACCAUCAAUAGAUAUUUGGGCAUUAGGAGUUAUAUUAUAUGCUCUUGUUUGUGGUUAUUUACCAUUUACUUCUAGAAGUGAUGAAUAAACUAUUGACAAUAUUUUAAAAUGUAAUUAUUCUUUCCCUUCUCAUCUUAUUCUAACUAAAGAAUAUAAAGAAUUAAUUACCUUUUUACUUAAUCCAGAUCAUACUGAAAGAUAUUCAGCUUAUUAAGUAUUAAGUCAUCCAUGGAUGUAAAAAGUAUUAACAUAAUCACCUACUAAAAUGCUUAAUCCACGUACUUUAGCUAAUAAAAAGAAUAAAAAAACUUUGAUUNGA